AUGGUUUGCAAAAGGGAGUAUCUCGAAACGUUUAAAACGGCUUUUCCCCAGCCUGUAAUUUACGGUUUCUUUGUCGCUGUGGGUUUGGCUAUGAUUGAGAGCUCCUUGAAGGUGGUUGUUGGAGAGGAUAUAUUACAAGCUUGUUGGACCAACAGGAUAGCUUUUGCCCAGUGUCUGACGUCAAUCGGUUUUGGAUUAUUAAACCGAUUUGGGUCGCGAUAUUUACGACACUAUUUGGCGCUUCCGGGGUUGCUGCUGACGGAGAUUGCUGUUGUUUACGUUUGCCUGGCAGCGUGUGGUAUGAGCGUUGAGGAAGCUCGAGAGGAGGUUCCCAUUGAGACCUGUACUAACGAGGGGGAGUUGAAUAUGAGGUCCGAGCUUGUCCGAGCUGGAGUGACCAAUUUGGCAUGCGGUGCAUCGGGGGGAGGAGUUUGUUAUAUGAGUUUAUCACCAACACGAUUGAAUGAAGAUGCAGCCGUGUGGUUGGUAUGUGGAGGGACGGUGUUGGAAUUUAUCCCCAAGCCAUGGGCGGCUGGGAUGCUGCUCCAUCUGGCGUUCGGAUAUAUAUUAGAAGGGGCGUGGGAUCCUCGACAGGUCCUCACUCGUAGCGAGUUCGUUGCCUACCGCGACAUCGCUGCUUUCUUGGAAAGGCUGUGUACGGCUGUACAAGGAAAGAAAAUUCUCGAUAUUGUUGAUUAUACUACGGCGCCUCGAUCAGUCGGAGGGGUUAUGAAUUUUAUAGGAGAAUUGGAAACUUGGCUGAAGGACAUUCCCCCACUACAGCAGCCUAUGCGAUUCGGAAAUAUCGCUUUUCGAUCUUGGCAUAAUCGAUUAGCUGAUCGACUACCGAGAAUAUUUGACAGAAUUUUGGGACCAGAAUUGCAGCCGGCAGUGAUCGAGUUAACGCCAUAUAUAUACUUUGGCCUACCAAGAGACACUGAAAUCGAACUUGAACGUUUAUCGUUUGCGGAGGUUACUCAUGCGCGAUACGACGUGGCUCGGGUAUUUCAGAGAAUACGGCGAAGCUGUUCGGUAGAGGAAAUGCGAUCUCAGCGGGCGAGGCUGGUGGCACAGGGGAUAUUCAGUGAGAUGGCACAGAAUGCAGUGGAAAUCAUUAAUGAGGAUGAUUCGUGGUUUACGCAGAUAUAUGUGGCGUUGGCUCGGGUUGUGGAACAUUGGGGAGCGGAUCUUUAUCCGGUAUUCCGUCGAUUAUGCCGAGAUGCGUUGGCGCUGCCAGGAAAAAAUCUUCCGGCUGUGUUACAGGAGGUUACUACGGCGAUUAAAGAUGCUCUUGAUGAAUUGGUGACUGAACACGACUUGCAGGUUGCGAGUAUUGAAGUGGAAAUGCUCCAUGUGCCGAGUGAGGAAGAAUCGAAUGAGGGCGAAGACGCUACUGGCCGUUCGCACGUAUUCGAUCCGAGUGACAGAGGCACUUGUCUAGGAUGUGGAGAAACAGGCGAAGAUAUUUUCAUCUCGUAA